UUCAUUUGUAUAUGUCAAUUACGCUACAAAGAGAACGUUAACGUACUUCUUCCGGCCGGUAAAUUCAUUUGUCAUUUUCACGACGACAAACGUGGUGUGUUUCGUGUGAAUCAACGUUGUCUUCAGUUUUUCCUUUUCAACAAGAUGCCUCUCCAGCUGACGAAGCCCGCGCCUCAGUUCAAGACCACGGCGGUGGUGAACGGCGAGUUCAAGGACAUCGCGCUGUCCGACUACAAGGGCAAAUACGUCGUGCUGUUCUUCUACCCGCUCGACUUCACAUUCGUAUGCCCGACCGAGAUCAUCGCUUUCUCGGAGCGCGCGGAUGAGUUCCGCAAGAUCGGCUGCGAGGUGAUCGCUGCUUCCACAGACUCGCACUUCACCCACCUGGCCUGGAUCAACACGCCGCGCAAACAGGGCGGCCUCGGGCCAAUGAACCUGCCCAUCCUGAGCGACAAGUCGCACCGCAUCGCGCGCGACUACGGCGUGCUCAACGAGGAGACCGGCAUCCCCUUCCGCGGGCUCUUCAUCAUCGACGACAAGCAGGAUCUGCGCCAGAUCACCGUCAACGACCUGCCCGUGGGACGCUCCGUGGAAGAGACCUUGCGCCUAGUGCAGGCGUUCCAGUACACGGACAAGCACGGCGAGGUGUGCCCGGCCAACUGGCGGCCCGGCGCCAAGACCAUCAAGCCCGACACCAAGGCCGCGCAGGAGUACUUCGGCGACGCCAACUAGGCGCCCCGGGGCUCCGGCCCAGCACCGAACUCGACGCCAACUAUCUAUAGCCUAUAAAGUCCACUGCGGGACUAUGCACACCGAUUGGCGAUUGCAGUAGUAGAUAUAGAAGCACUGAGAUCGCUGCUAACUACAGGAUGAUUACGUAUCUCGCGACAGGCGUAAAUCUUGCAAUCACUGCUGUCAAACGUCACUAUUCCAUACAAUCAAUAAACAAAAGUGUCGUUGAGUGAUUGCAAGAUUUGCGCCUGUCGCAAGCCCGACGCGAGAUACGUAAUCACCACACCCUUUGUCGACUCGCCCCUACGCGGUAUGAGAUGUGGUGACUGACAACUGUGUUCCGAUCUGCCGUCACCACACGGUACACUUAUACCACAACGUAUUUAUGAUUUAUAGCGAUGGAUUUAAUUACCAUUCGCAUGUUUAGCAUUGAGCAUGUUUAAUGUUAUUGUGGAAUGUGAAUGCGAUAUCAGCCGCUAACAAUGACCGUGCCAAAACUUUAAUUCAAUAGUUUAUCACUAUGAAUUAGCAUGAUAACGGUUAAUAAUUCGUAAGCUAAUAAAUAUUGUGAAGGGUCAGCCAUACUAAUCGCAAUUAUCGUUGAUGUCAAAGUUCGGCGCUAAGGCCCCAGUGUUGAAUAAUGUUCCUUGGCUAUCAAACAUUUCAAAGAUAGCGAAGAGCAUUGUAUUAGAACUAGUUUUAAAUUGCAUAUCUAAUAUAGAAUCGUUCUCUAACCAUUUAACAUGUACGCACCUCUGUGAUAACUUAAAAUACAGACAAUAUAACACUUUUUGUCUA